AGUGACAGCAGCGCAGCAACCGACAGCUACUGGCUAGUCGGUAGAGAGCGCCGCUAGCUGACGCAGCUAACGAGCAACAGUUAGUUCUGCUGCGUGGCUGGGAGGAAUCGGGUGAGUCCUUAGCUACCAUUCAGUGUCACCGACAAUGAAGUUAAGGAGGCUUACAUGCUGACAUCCACAUUGUGGUUAAUGACAGUCUGUCUUGGCGUCUUGGACUGACAUGGACGCUAAUGGCAAUAAGGAUGUGAAGCUUUCAGCUGAAGUGGAGCCGUUCAUCCCACAAAACAAAGGUCUUGAAGGACUACUAGUGAGCAUGAGUCUUUCUGGAGAGGUUGGCAGUGGAGGAGGGAACGGGGGUGUAGGCGCUGGCAGUGGAGUAGUGGAAACCACUCCCAUACCAAGCUACCUCAUCACCUGCUACCCUUUUGUCCAAGAAAACCAACCCAACAGGCAACAUCCUAUGUAUAAUGGAGGGGAGCUGCGCUGGCAGCAGCCUAACCCUGCCCCUGGUGGUCCAUACCUGGCUUACCCCAUCUUGUCUUCACCUCAACCUGCAGUCUCCAAUGAUUACGCUUAUUACCAGAUUAUGCCUGCUCCAUGCCCACCCAUGAUGGGUUUCUAUCAGCCUUUCCCUGGCACUUAUGCAGGUCCAGUUCAAGCUGGAGUAGUCAACUCUGUCUCAGCAGAUGUCGGCGAAAGACCAUUGCCUCUGGGGUCAACAUAUGGGGUAGCCGCUCAGAGGGGAAGAGGCACGGUCCGACCAAACAUUCUCCCUAAGCAACAUUUAGGAGUGUGUCAGCCUCCCAGAGGCCGCCGGGCUCCAACUAGGAGUGUAGCUGUGCAAAAGGAGGUAUGCACCUUGGGAGUUGGUGGUAGGACCAAGACAGUCUUACUAGUGGAUGCAGCACAGCAAACUGAUUUCCCAGCUGAAAUGUCAGGGCGGUGUGCUGCUCCUAGUCCUCUGCUGUGGAAGAACCGAUCAAGGAGAAGACGAGCAUCUCAUCCAGCUGAAAGCUACAAUGAGCAAGGGGCCUCUGAAGCAGAUAUAGACAGUGACAGUGGCUACUGUAGUCCCAAACACAACCAGGCAGCUGGGACAAUGCCACAAACAGCUGACAGUACAGCAGUGCCCACGGAAGUUGAGACUAGUGUAAUAACAGGAACCUGGGUAAAUGUAGCCUCUCAAGCUACUCCAAAGUCCUGGAUGGAAAGUCAAUUUCACAGAGCAGAUCAGAGGAAGAAUCCUGAACAGAGAAACUUCUUACAGGAUUUCUACAGUGGCUACGCAGGGCAUCUGCCUAGCCAGGCAGAACAAAGACUACAGCCAACUGUGGUCUCUGGCACUGUGGUCACCCCAGAGCUUCUCUUCUUUGAGGAUGAAGAUGACUUCCCUGAUCUUGCUGGUGGGAGUGCCCAUCGCACCAACAAACCAGAAUCUAAUUCAACCCAAACACACACACAACCUAAACUACCCAAAAACCUGCUGGAGAACCUACCAGAAAACUCUCCUAUCAACAUUGUGCAGACACCUAUUCCCAUUACUACCUCUGUUCCCAAGAGGGCAAAAAGCCAGAGGAAGAAGGCUUUGGCUGCUGCCUUGGCCACUGCACAGGAGUACUCUGAAAUCAGCAUGGAACAGAAGAAAUUACAGGAGGCAUUCACCAAAGCAGCUGGGAAGAAGAGCAAAACCUCUGUUGAGCUGGAUCUGGGAGACAUGCUGGCAGCUUUGGAGAAACAUCAGCAGGCAAUGAAGGCCAGACAGCUCACCAAUACGAAACCACUGUCAUUUACAGUUGGAACAGCUACACCAUUCCAUAGCUCAAUCAACAUGCCGUCAGUGCUAAAGAGUCAUCAACAGACAUACUCGGCUCCACAUAAUGUACUGGAUUCCACUGCACCUCGUGUCAAGAGAGGGAAAGAGAGAGAAAUCCCUAAAGUCAAACGACCAACAGCCCUAAAGAAGAUUAUUUUAAAGGAACGAGAAGGGAAAAAAGGGAAGACCAGUGUAGAACAGGAAUCUUCAGAUAAUCAGGAGCAGGGGGAUGAGUGUUUACAGUUUACUGAUCUUUCACGAGAGCCUGCAUCUCAAGAAGAGAUUGGUCUGAGCAUGCCGAGUGAUGCUUCCCUUUCUCCGGCCAGCCAGAACUCUCCAUAUAGCAUCACCCCAGUAUCCCAGGGUUCUCCUGCCAGCUCUGGAAUUGGAAGUCCGAUGGCUUCAAAUGCCAUCACUAAGAUCCAUAGCCGACGUUUUAGAGAGUACUGUAACCAAGUCCUGAGUAAGGAGAUAGAUGAGAGCGUGACGUUGUUGUUACAGGAACUAGUUCGUUUUCAGGAGCGGGUGUACCAAAAGGAUCCUACCAAGGCCAAAUCCAAGCGCCGCUUGGUCAUGGGUCUUAGAGAGGUCACCAAACACAUGAAGUUGCACAAGAUUAAGUGUGUCAUCAUCUCUCCUAACUGUGAGAAAAUCCAGGCCAAAGGUGGUUUGGAUGAGGCUUUGUACAAUGUUAUUGCCAUGGCUCGGGAGCAGGAGAUUCCAUUUGUAUUUGCCUUGGGCAGAAAAGCUCUUGGGCGCUGCGUCAACAAACUAGUGCCAGUCAGUGUGGUUGGCAUUUUCAAUUAUUUUGGAGCAGAGGGUCUUUUCAACCGUUUAGUGUCUCUGACUGAAGAGGCUCGCAAGGCUUAUAAAGACAUGGUGUCAGCUCUGGAGCAGGAGCAGGCAGAGGAGGCUUUAAAAAAUGAGAAAAAAAUUCCACACCACAUGGGGCAUUCUCGCAACCACUCUGCUGCUUCUGCUAUCUCCUUCUGCUCCAUCUUCUCUGAGCCAAUCUCAGAGGUCAAUGAAAAGGAAUAUGCCGUGUGGGUCGUCAGAAGGACCUGGAAGGGGCCUCGCCACCGUUUGGAGUCCCAAUGCUUCCUCCUGAACUCCUUAACGAUCGCCCAGUGCCCUGGUUGGAUGGUGUAAUGGUCCUGUCGCCUGUUUUCACCUGUUGGGAAAUCUGAAUUGUGGGGAAAAAGUGUUUGGGCGGCACAGCUUCCAUCAGGCCCAAACCAGGCUCCAUGGCUACAGGUGGAACUAUUCGUCUGCCAGAGUCAGCGUUCCUGUGAGGUAGAAAAAGUUUAAAGCACAGGGAGAUGAGGAAGGAGAGGGUGGAAAGGAAACGAGGAGAGGGAACAAGGAUCAGGAGAGGGAAGGGUUGUUAAGCAGCGACCUUCGCAGCAGCGUCUGCAGCUGUAUGUCGGCAGAAACAAAGUUGUCAAUGAUGUUGUGAGUCGGACAGUUACAAACAGCAUUAGCUGUAGGCAGCAAGACAACAUCCAGCAAAGCAGAACCUAAUCAUGUUGUGAGAUAGGUUUGCAAUCAGACUUCAAAAGUUUCCUAUGCUUCCACAGAGCGUCUGUGGAGUCUUUGUAGAUGGUAACAGACUCUCCUUCUGCUGGUUUACUAGCUUCAGGCAAUGUGAUCAACUCUGCAGCCUGAGCAGAGUAGUGUCUUAGCAAAGAGCCAGACUUCAAGACGGCCUCUUGACAGUAAUGUUCAGCAUGUUGAGUAAGGUGGUGUUGCAUCUAAGCCAUCGGGCUGUAGAAAGAUGGGAUCUUUUCCAAAAGAAUCAAAGUCACAGUAUGAGGACAAAAGAACAGAAGUCUUACAACCUGAUUUCUCAUCCACUGUUUGAGUGAAAGGUCGCAUAGGGUCAGAUCAGGGAGACCCAAAGUAGGAGCCUGAGGUCAGUGAACGUUUGUUCAGCCUCAGACGUCCACGUAAGACAAGAAGUAGACGAUGAAUAUGAAGCCCCACUCAGGGUUCUGAUGCAGACAAAGACAGUAAAGUUAGGAACGAAAGUCCUACAAUAAGAACAAAGACCUAGAAAAGACAUAAGCUGUUUAUACGUGCACGGUUUAGGCAGGUUUCAAAUUGCUUUAACUCUGUUGGGUGAGAUGGAUUUGCCAUCAGCUGUAAUUACAAUGACCCAGAAAAUAACCUUAGUCUGAACAAACUGUAAUUAAGACAGGCUCGAUUUGUGGCCUGUAGCAUCCAAUGUUUCAGUAGCUUAGUGGUGUCUGCAGUAACGCCAUCUAUGGCUUCCUUUAAGAGGCUGUUGUUGUUUACAUGGUCUGUGGUCAGAUUUAGGUGUGAUGACCACUGGUUCACAUCCUCUCAUUAAACCUACAUCAUGUCUGUGUGUGAGUCACAGGGAAGCAGGAGCUUCCUGUAAGGCUGAGUGUUGGGUCAGAGCGUGCUCUGAAAAAUAAAAAUAAAAAAAAAGCACAUGGGGUCAGAAGUCGUUCACCACUCUCCACCCCGUUGACAUCUGUUCACGAAAGGACCCACGUCCUGCAUGUGUCUCCAUCAUGUUUUCACAGAGGGACGUGUGGAACUGUAGAAUAAAAAUCAAAAAUCUUUUUGUUUGUUAGUAAAAGAAAUCGCAAGCGCAGACCUGUGUUCAUCCCAAAAGAGGGAAGUUGAGGUCUGUGUGUGUGUGUGUGUGUGUGUGUGUGUGUGUGUGUGUGUGUGUGUGUGUGUGUGUGUGUGUGUGUGUGUGUGUGUGUGUGUGUGUGUGUGUGUGUGUGUGUGUGUGUGUGUGUGUGUGUGUGUGUGUGUGUGUGUGUGUGUGUGUGAGAGAGAAAUCUCAUAAUCUAAUGUAAUCUAACUCUUCAAACCUGUCUUCAGGACCAGAAGACACAUGUGCUGUACAGGACAGGUCAGAUGCGUCUCUGGAGGUCGUAUCACAUGGAAACAAGCUGUGAUGCAGCCUGUGUGAAGGCCUCAGUUACAGCCCCCCCCUCAGCAGCCAAUGAUAAGAGCACAGCUGAGCUGAAGUUAACACCAACAAAAGAGGGAUUAUUUAGAAUAUCUGUAGAUGUAACCUGCACUCCGUCUGGAGUGGAAAUCAAUCAAAUACCUAAUUUACACAUGAGAUCUCUUCCUAAAAAUUUAACUAGGCACAAGUUUGAAAGCAAAAAUCAAUCUCAUUACUGAAUUUGUUGCAAGUUAAAAUAAUUUAAACCUAUCAGACUGUAAAGUCAUGCAGCAGUUGCCAUUUAGCUGUUUGUCAUCAUUUUAAAAUCACUCUGUGGGAUUUUUUGUUUUUAAGCAAAAAGCGAUUUCUAAUUGCGAGCAGAUAAGCAUGUACAUGAAUUUGAGCAUGUAUCAGCUGUAAGCGUGUUUCUUCGUUGCGUGUAUGAAUGUGUGUGUAUGUUUGCGGUACUGUGUUGUACGUCACGUGAAAAGGAACCGUCACCUUCCUCCUUCCCCAACCAUCAGUCUCAUGUGAGCGCCAGAGGGUGAAGCCUUUCGAUGGGACAGUUGUUCCUCGAUGACAGACGUUUCCUGGAUCCUCAGAUGCAGCUCUAUUGGGCCAAUCACGUCUGAAGCCUCUCCUGUUGUUUCAACCAGUGUCUGUGUCAGAGCACGUCUUCUCUGCUGUUGCUCUGUCCUUGUUUUCCUUUGCUGAUUGUCAUAAGCAGGUGUCUGUGUCAAACACACACGCUUGUAGUAGCUGGUUCAUCUGAUGAGCCCAGAACGUGACGGCUGCAGACGUUGUGGGAGUCGCUGAGGCCUCCAUGCUGUGGUCUGUGUCCUCCAGCUGCUGUGGUAUCAGAGCUUCCACCCUGUUCUGGUUGUUGGUCGGGCGCUUCUUCUCCUUCGGUUCUUCUGCUGACGGUGGGAAAGGAGUCCAGAUCCGGAUUUACCCUCAUCGCGCUCAGUUCUGCAUUAGGACAAAGAGCAGAAAGAAUGGGAGCAUUUGCUCUUGACAUGAUAUGUGUGUGUGUGGUGUGUGUGUGGCAGAGUGGAAACAAUUCUUCCCCAGAGUUGUUAUCUCCUUUUUUUCCCUGUUACGCUCAUCACUCUUUUGUUUCUUUUAGGGGUGUAGUUUUCAUAGUUUUGUUUUUUCAGAUCUUUUCUUUUGUCUCUAUUUUUUUCUUUUAAGGUGCGUAUGUCCUUUUACACAAGUGAUUCUCCUUUUGAACCCAUAACCAGUUUCCCACUCAUGGAAACAUGAAACGCACUAAUAACCAUAUUUACUUUUUACUUUAAUUGCGUUUAGUUUUGUACGGUUUCUAUCUGGUGGUGAAGACUCAAAUUGCCCCGAACCCGUCUUUCAGAGUCCAGCGGUUUCCUGCCUUAGAUUUUUUGUGUGUUCCGGCCGGAACCUUCCCAAAAUGCCUUUUUAUCGGACGUCUCUGUAAAAAGGGAACCAACCUGAUCUUGCGACAGAGCCUUUCCCGAAGUACCUAAUUAAGUCACCUAAUUAAGAACAUGUAUUAUUGGGAUUUUUUUUUCUUCUUUUUCUCGAUCUAAUUAAUUUUUUUCUAAUUAAAUUUAGUGUUUCAACCAAAUAGAAGAUUUCUUUUCUUUUUUCUUUUUCAACCAAUUGAAAUGUUUCAGCUAAAUUAAAAAUAAAAGUUCCAAUUUUUUUUUUUUCCAAAUCAAAGAUCUCUCACCGAGCCGAGCCAAAUUAAGAUUUGAGUUUGAAUCUGAGUUCGUGGAUCUCGUCAGAGGCGAUCCAGACGGGUGAGCAGUCCUCCCACUCAGAACAGCUGUAGAGGUUUGGAGGCUGAGCGACCCUAGUCCUCAGGACUAUCGUCCCUGGUCACACCGUCCAGACGACCUGCCGCGGAAUCCUGCCGACAACGCCAAUUUCUGUGGUGGAAAUUUUCCAUAAAGAAGCAGAUGAGAGAGUUGUCCUUUUGUGCGAUUUAUUGAAAUAAUAAAGAAAAUAAAAAUAAUGGGGAAAGCAAAUAAAAAGCAUGGAUGUUGAUCGUGCACAUCAACAAACCAAAAACCAGCUGGGGAGAUCAGUGCACACACCACGAAGGUGUGAUGCAAAGAGCCCACGAUCCUCAAGUUGCUUCUGUCUUUUAGCUUCUCUGUCCGACUAGGGUGGAAUGUCUUUCUAACCCAAUCAAAUUACAUGCACCAUCUCCUCCCUGUCGCAGUGUGUGUGAAGAUAUUUACAUUCUCACACCUGCAUCGCUGACGUCCAACUAUCUGUGAGAAAGGAGCACCAAGUUUUAACAGACAGAGACACAACUCCCUGACCUUGGGUUUGGGAGCUAGAGUUGAGAGUCUAUCAGGCAGAGACAACCAUUGAACAAUCUAGGUCAAAUGUCAAAUGCAUACAGUAAGACAAAACAUAAGAUAUUAAUUGCAGAACAUAAGUCAUAAAUCAUAUAAUAACUACAUAGAAAUAAGGAAGAGACAUAGAAAUAAGGAAGAGACCAUUUUUCCCAUAACACUAGUUGUGUAAACUGUUUAAUAGUUUAAUAAGUAAUAAUAAUUAACCAGUCAGAACCAAAAUUCUUGCCAUUUAAGGUAAUGAAACUGAACUAUAAAAUAGUCGUUAAUUACUCAUAAUUUAUUAUUUAAAACCACACAUUAAGCCCUUUCACAAUAAAAGCAUUGUGUGUGUGUGUGUGUGUGUGUGUGUGUGUGUGUGUGUGUGUGUGUGUGUGUGUGUGUGUGUGUGUGUGUGUGCGUGCUUAUUUGCUGAACUGUAAAAUAGUCUCAUUAACGAUUGGUAAUUAUUCAGUCAGAACCAGAAACCAUUGGUGCUUUUAUUUUGAAAAGAUUUAGAGGAAAUGUGUCGGGGGUAAUAACAUAAAUGUUAGUCUUUGAAUGAUUAAUUAUGACUAUUUAAAGGCAAAAACAGUGCAGUUAAAGCUAAUAAAUUGCAUUGAUGCUUUUAUUUUAAGCUUGUAGCCACAGUUGCAAUUUCAAAAUAUGUCUUCUCCUGUUUUUUUCCACAGAUGUGUGCCGAAAAUUAUCAUUAGAGUCUAUGGGAGAAUUUCAGGAUCUCUCUGCGCUUUGAGGUUGAUAGCGACUAAAGUAUAAUUGUGAUUACACUGAUAGAGUAAUAAUUGUGGCUGUAGUGACGAGUUAAAGACAAAGUUCCGUCUUAAAAAGACGAGCUCUCGCACUGUAGCUGUGACAUCACGCACUCUAGCUCACGCAAUACACACUUAUGGAAAAGCUGAAAUUUUAACAAAAAACACCCAAUAUUUAAACACUCACAAGUAAAAAAAAGUAUAGAACAUACGAGGACCCUGAUUUACACAGAUAAAUUCGAAAUGUUUUAGAACGUUGAACGACAUUUCUACACGAAGCGUUGAGAAAAAGAUAGUGAUCAAAAAACGUGAUGGAAUAAUGAUAAUAAUAAAGAAAUCUGAAAAUAACAAUAGUGAGAGAGUAUUGCACAGUGUACAUUUUCUACAUAACCACUGAUGCAGUGGGAAAGUUAUAAGUUGUGGUGUGGGAGAAAGUUAACAGUGUUUGAACUGUGUCUGAUCACAGCAGGUAAGAAAUAUCUGGGAUAUCUCUUUCACACAGCGAGGGGGCAUUAGUCUGCUACUGAAGCUGCUCUCCAUAGGAGACAGCGAAUCCUCCAGUGGGUGAGAGUCAUGGUCUAGGAGAGAUGUAACUUUAGCCAGGACCCUUCUCUCACCCACCUCCUGCACUAUGUCUAGACUGAAGCCCAGGACAGAGCUGGACCUUUUGAUGACCCUGUCCAGCCUCUUCCUGACCUUCACUGGAAUGCUGCUGCUCUAGCAGCUAACCCAUACAGGAUAGCUGAUGCCACCCCAGAUAGAAGGGCUUCAGGAGUGGCCCCCUCACUCCAAAAGACAGCAGUCUCCUCAGGUGGUAGAGUCUGCUCUAACCCUUCCUGUACAGUGCAUCUGUGUUGAGUCCAGUUCAGUUUAUUGUUUACACAGCGAGGUAUUUAUAAGAGUCCACUCUCUUAAUGUCCAUUUCCUGGAUCUGACAGCAGACUGCCGUCGGCGAAAAUCCGCCACCAUCUCUUUGGUUUUCCCUGCGUUGAUCAGGAGGUAGUUUUGCUGGCACCAGUUCACAUAGUCUUGAAUGAGUCCUCUGUCCCCUGUCAUCAGAUAACUUCUGCAGGACACAGCUGUCCAUGUUGUGUCUGAAGUUCGAUGUAAAGAGGGUGAAGAGGAAGUGGGCCAGUGCAGUCCCCUGUGGGGCCCCCACACUGCAGGUCAGAGUGUCAGACACACAGUCCCUGGCUCUCUCAAACUGUGGCCUGUUUGUGGGGUAGUUCCAGACCAGUUUGUCUUUCAGAAGCACCAGCUGCAUAAGGCACUGGAGAAAUCAAAAAACAUGAUCCUCAAAGUGUUGCCGGACGUCAAAUUGGUACAUGAACUGCAUCAGAUCUAGGUAUGUUGUCACCGCAGAGUGGAGGUGACUUCAGACCAAUCUCUCCAGUGUCUUCAUCAGAUGGCACGUGAGAGCCACUGGUCUGAAGCUGCCGAGGUCCCUAGCAUGCGGUGUCUUGAGUACUGGUAUCAAGCAGUAGGUCUUCCAGAGCUGUGGUAACAUCCUCAGCUUGAGGCUGAGGUUGAAGUCAUGCUCUAUAAUUGCACACAGUUCGCCUGCGCAGGACUUUAGGAGUCUGGAGCUAAUGCCAUCUGGUCCGGCUGCUUUCCUGACCUUGAUCUUCCUGAGCUUUUUUCUUCACCUGCGGACUAGAGAAGGACAUGGGUUGAAGCAGUGUCAGUGUCAAGGUGGUGUGAAGUGGAGGAGUGUUGCUGGGAUGAGUCACAGGUCUGCAGGGCUGAUUGUGCUUGGCUUUGGGUUAGAGGUGUGAAGGGCUGUGGGGGGUUUUCCAGUGGUGUAAGGCAGCUGCUGGGGGCUAUUGAAAUGUAAGUUCAGGUCCUUGACCCAGCUCAGGUCCCCAUCAGCCUGUGAGUCUAGAGUUUGUAGCCAGAAAUGGUUUUCAGGCUUCUCCACACCUCACCACCUGAUGUUGUUCUGCUGCAGCUGCUUCUCCAUCAUCAGCCUGUAGCUGGCCUUUACUUCACAGCUUUUCCUCCUCAGCUCCUUCUGUACUCUCCUCAUCUCUUCCCUAUUCCCUGAUACAAACACUCUCUUCUUUUUCUUUAGGAGAGCUUUAAUAUUAGGGUGACCCAUGGCUCAUUCUUGGCGAAACACCAUACCACCCUGGAGGGAACUGUGUUUUCACAGCAGAAGUUCAGUCUGUGUUUGUGUUAUGUCCUCCCCAUGUGGGUUGCAGAGCUCCGUCCGCAGAGUGAUGUUAAAACAUUCCCUGAGAGCCUCCUCACUCUCAGCCGUCCACCUCUUCAAUGUGUGGGGCACCACCAGCUGCCUGUGUAUAACAGUUUUAUACACAGACAGGAGAUGCAGAAUGUUAUGGUCAGCUCUGCCCAGAGCUAUUUUAUUGGUGGGACAGGUGACAUAUUGGGUGCAUGUAGGCAGAGCAGUUAAAGGAGGUGCGUGGUUGAAGUCCCCAGAGAUCAGGCAGAGGGCCUGUGGGUGCUGUGUCUGCAGCCUGCUAGUGAACGCGAGCAGGGUCUCGGAGGCUGCAUUAGCGGAGGGUAGAACAUAUACAGCAGGUAGAAUGGCCUCAUGCCUACUGCCAACAACUCAAUGUCUCUGUUGCCAAGCUUCUAUUUAAUGGUGCAGUGUCCUGGUGUACACCACCUCAUGUUCACAAACACAGCCAGGCCCCCUACCUUCAUCUUAUCGCUGUCCUCCAUCCUGUCCGCUCGCAGCAGAUGAACAUUGGCCAGUGACACAGUUGAAUGUGGGAUGAGUGAAGUCAGUCAGAUCUCCGUAAACCGUAGGGCGCUGCUCGUCCUGUACACCAGCUGAUGCAGUGUGUGCGUGUGUAAUCAGAUGCGUGUGUGCAUAAACUGAUCUGUGCGUGCGUAAACUGAUAUGUGUGUGCAUAACAGAUUUGUACCUGUAGACUUACUGGGCCAUGCUUAUACUUGUAAAUUUAGCCACGAUUUGUGCGUAAUUUUAAUGCUCGAUUUAUAAGUAAAUUAAUGUGACCUUAAUUUGCUUCCACGAUUGGCUAAUGAACAGGUAAGUUGUUGCAGUGCUUUGACGUAGCACAGCAGAUCCUGACAGCUCUACAAGCAGUACACAGCAACAAGGUAGUCCACUGACUGAUGAAUUUAAAUAUGUCUGAUCACUAAAUAUAAUUAAUGAUUAUAUUCAUGUGUAUGAAGUGUGACGUUACUCCUGUGAUUUGCGGAGGUGAUGCAGUUGCGCAAACAUUAAACUGCUGUUUCUAUCAGACAUUAAUGUAGCCAACAGGCUAUUAGCAAUGCCAUGCUAUGUUAUGAUGCAGCUGGGGUUAAGGUGGGUACGUUCCCCUGUACAGCUACUGAUUCUGUGUGAUCAUUUAUUAGACCACAAUAAACACGUUUGCUUUUGGUGA